AUGGCGGCCUGGUUCAGCUUCAGGGCGGAGGAGGACGAGCCGGAGGACGAGGCGUGCUUCUGGCGGUACGACUCCACUUGGGAGGAAGAGGAGGAGAACGAAGAGGAGGAUGGCGGCAGCGGCAAAGGCGGCGAGCCUGAGAGAGCGGAGGCGGCAGCCGAGGAGGAGCCGGAGGAUGCGGGGGAGCAGCCCGUGUCGAGCUGGGCGCGGGGCGCCCAGCAGGCCCAGCCUAGAUGGUAUACUUUGUGGCAGAAGCUGCUAAAGUUUUUUUUCAAUACUGAGGAGCAAAGAUCAUAUUCAUCACUGCUGUUCCAGAGAGGUUUUCAGUUCUCAGGCAGGCGUGACUGGAUUGCAGCAAGAGACCUGCAGAGAUACAGACAUCAUUACGUGGGUUUGGUAGAAUCAGAAAAUGAGGAGGAGGAAGAGAUGUGGAACUUAAGCUUUUAUAAAAAUGAGAUUCGCUUUUUGCCCCAUGGUUUGUAUAUUGACACUCUGCUUGAAUCUUGGAAGAACAACUAUGAAGUUUUGGAAGAUAACCAUUCUUACAUACAGUGGUUAUUCCCUUUACGUGAACAUGGGAUGAACAGACAUGCCAGACCACUCACCUGGAAAGAAAUCCAGGCCUUUAAGAGGUCCAAGGAAGUUAUGCAGAGGUUUGUACGUGCUUAUCAGCUCAUGCUGAGAUUUUAUGGAAUCGUUUUGGUCAAUGAGGAAACUGGAGAGCUUAAGAGAGCAGAGAACUGGGCUGAACGAUUUCAAAACUUGAAUCGGUUCAGCCACAACAAUUUGCGGAUCACUCGCAUCCUGAAGUGCCUGGGGGAGAUGGGAUAUGAACACUAUCAAGUGCACUUGGUAAAGUUUUUCCUAACAGAAACUCUUGUUAAGGAAACAUUACCAAAUGUCAAGAAAAGUGCCUUGGAUUAUUUCCUCUUCACCAUCAGAAACAAAAGGGAGAGAAGGGAACUAGUGCACUAUGCUUGGCAACACUUCAAACCUCGAGGCAGCUUCGUGUGGGGGCCGCAUGACAAACUCUUGAAGUACAGACCCUGCUCUGCCAAGUCACAGCUGCACCAAAAGGCUGAAGAUAAACAGGAAGCUCCUGGUGAAAAAUCUGAUAGUUCUGUGGAAAAGUAUCGGAGCCAGACUCUAGAGAAGGUGAAGAAAGCUGGAGAUGCUGCAGACUUGCAGCCUGAAAUGAGUAACGUAAAAGAGAAGAGAAGUGUAUGUGCUUUGAAGAGAGGAGAUGGUAAAGAGGAGAAGGAAGCUUCACUUACCCAGCAGGAGGAGAAGGUUUUAAACAGUGAUGCUGAAGAAGUGCAAGGUACAGCAGAGACUGAUUGCACAAAGGAGAGUAAGAAGAGAAAGCUGGAUGCAAAUAUGGCAGAUACUAAAAGGAGUGGAUCAUUGAAAAGCCCUGACAUUGAAAACAUUGCCCGCAACCUAGGACAAUGUGCAAUCAAUGCAGAAAUCCCCUCCUCAGAUCCACUCUUGGAAGCAGAGGAGGACCAGACAAUGCUGGAAGACAACGAUGCAAGCACCAAAGACUCAGCAGCGCUAGAGAUCGCUGAUGCAGCUGUGAAACGGAGGAAAGUUGAUAAAAAAGCAUCCAGAGGCAAAACAUUGAACUUGGCCAUAAAACUGAACAUGGAGCCCUCUGCCUCCAGUGCCAAGUUGAACCCAUCUGCUGCAAGCACUGAGGCUGAAAAUGAAGAAGUCAGUGAGAAAAAUGCAACUGCAGAAGUGGCAAGUGAGAAGGGUAGUGAUGAUGCAAGUAGCGGGGCUGAGAGACCCCUGGUUGGUUUCAGGCUCCCCAAGACUGGCUUAUCUUCUUCAAUAAGUGAUGUCUUGGAGUCAAGUGGAGAUAAAGUCACAGCAAAGGGUGAUCAGCACCACUGUAAUAGCACACUCCUGGAAGCCAAAAAUGAGGUAGAUGUGGCAGAACAACAUAAAAAGGCAGAAAAUGCAAGUGAAAAAGGGCAAGCAGAAGUCAUGGGCAAGAAACAAGUUCUAGAGAGUCUGGAGCAACGCAUGGCAUCCACUUGUCCUGAAGAAGACAGUGCUGGGGUUGCAACACAAAACCCUGAAAGCUCUGAGCAUGCAGCAGAGCCUUCUGAAGAGCAGGUAGCAGCAGAGUGAGUCCAGCAUGGCAAGCACUGGAGCAUGCAGAGAUGACACUGCCCUAACUGCCA